CAUACACAAACGAAAGCGCAUAUUAUUCGCUCGCCAUUGUUUGAAGUCGGAGCGAGGAUUUCUUUCAUUCGCUAUUUAAACUUCUGUUCACAAUUUAGUAUUUCGCCUGGGAAAGCGCUUUAAACUGAAGAAUUGAAGAUUUCCCCAUAAAUUUAGGAGUUUUUCCGGACCACCAAAGCGUGUUUUCUAGCAUUAUCACGUGUCUACCACGUCACGUGAUAGAAUUCUGUCAGUUUUGGCCGCCUGAGUUUGAUGUUUGAGUUGAAUUUGCGACCAAAAUGGCGGCUACACCAACGACGAAUGACCAAGCAAUAGCCGUAAACGGGCCAGAGAACCCAGGGGAAGUCAAGAUAGAAAAGGUAGAACAACCUAAGACGAGCGACCAGAACUUUAAUUGGAAAUUAUCGACAACGGAUGGCGUGUUAGUGCAGUCGAAUGCAGUACACAGCACUCUGGGCGAUCCCGAAAGCAGCAACGAAGUAAAUAGUGUAGUAGUGUCCGAUUGUCCUCAAAUAGACGCAAGUCUGAACGUGAGUGGAUUGCCUGUAAAGACGCAGAUUAUGCCGGGACCUUACAGUGAGGUUCAGCUACCUAAAAAGGAUCCAAAAGUCAAGCGUCCUAUGAAUUCGUUCAUGGUUUGGGCUCAAUCGGCACGACGAAAGCUCGCGGAACAAUAUCCUCAUGUUCAUAACGCUGAGUUGAGUAAAAUGUUAGGUAAACUCUGGAGGAUGCUGUCUGCAGCAGAAAAGCAACCAUACGUAGACGAAGCCGCAAGGCUAGAUAAACGACACAAAGAAGACCACCCGGACUACAAAUACCGACCACGAAGACGGCAAAAAUCGCUAAAGAGAGCGUACGGUCAACCACCACGGGUUGUCACAAACUGGGCGAUUCAGCACGCGCAAGACCACUUUAAAACGCAAGUUAAUGGUACUACAGCACCUAUAACAUCGCCCAAUACCCCCACAGUGCUGACUCAACAAGUGAACACGGCGCAGGCAUUACCCCAGACUGUAAACACUGCUGCCGGUACUUUGACUUACGCUCCUCUUGGUAGCGUUACAGGGUUUGUGCCCGGUGGGAGCAUGAUCAUACGGCCGACAUUCGUUACUACGACCGGUGCGCCUGUUAGCAUAGGAUCUGGUGCUACGGUGGCUAUCCCACAAGGGGUAACUGUACAAGCUAUCAGACCACCUAGUAUGACGGUUACUGUAGCUUCAAGCCUCGGUACGCCAACCUACGCUAUUCCCAUUUCACAAUACGCAAACGCACCGAUACUUGUGGCAACUGGAAUGAACAAUCUAAUUCCCAGCACCCUUGUCGCAAGCACGGAACAUAAUGCGGAGAAAGCGAACGAAGCGGGACUUGUAGUAGUCGCUGCCCCGAACAAUAUACAAAGUCAACACGAGGGAUUUAAUUCUCUGACCGAAGGUGAUGGGAGCGACGAAGAAGCGCGGUCGAACGCGGGCACGCCAAAUGCGAAUGCUAUUGUUAACCCAGACCUGCACGCGAAGAACAAUAACGUAAGAACUGGUGUCGAACACGAGUCCACCUCGUCUACCAGUAUCCCUCAAGUUACCGAACACCAACCAAGUAUUGAAGUGAAAGCAGAACAAGGUUGUAGAAUAUAAUUUUUAACGUUUCUAUUUUAGCAAGCUGGGUGUCUUCAAGUGAGCUAUUGUGUUUGUGUGAGUAGCAUGUGAUCCAAUGUUCGAUGGAACAAUUGAUCGUUUCAUUUUGCCAGUUCACUUGUUUAUUUAUUAACUCAAAGUAAAAAUUUGUAAGGUGCUCUUUACGCUUUUUCUAGGUAUUUGUCGUAUCUAACUCUUUUUGAUCUCAGCAUUUAUAAAACGGGUUAUUUCGUUAAAACUUUUGGCGCUUAAUUUCGCAAUGGCCGCAGAUGUGCCUAGGACUCGUGUGUAGAAGUAUAAGAUACAUGGACCGUAUAAAAGCAUAAAUUGUCAAUAUUUCAAAAAAAGUUCUUUAAUUUCUUAAAUGAUACCUAAUAGCCUUUUUUUGCAUUUUUACUUCCCCAGAAGCAAGUUGGCUAUUGUUGCCAGUUAUUGGACUUUUCAGACAAUAUUUGCAUUUGAUAAUAUUACACAUGGCUGGACUUUUUAUCAAAUGAUUACGUUAAAACCUUUCUGUCUUUUUCAGAUUCCGUGGGUAAGUUAAUAAACUCUUGAGUACAGAACAGUCAAGUCCAGUGUAUAUUGAAAAAUAUAAGGAAACAUCUUUAAGCAUUUUUAUGAUUCUGGUUUCUAGGUACACCAUAUUUUUUUUCAUAUUUUUUCAUUUUUACAAAUGUCCGUUUUUAUGACACACUAUUAAAAGUGGUUUUAAUAGUGACUUUGUAACCUAUUGAAAAUAGUAUUCAUUUUCCCCAAAGUCGCAACCACAUUUUCUAUUAAUAUGCCUGACUUUAACGUUUUGCUAGACCAAAGGUUUGAAAGGUAGCUCUAAAUGUAUGCAAAAAGGUUUUGAGGUUGUCCUUGUAUUUGAGACAUUAAUUCUUAGUUGACAGCAAAUGAUUUAGUGAAAGAACUUUCAAAGUAUUGGCUCAUUGUUUUAUCAACAGUUUUAGCAUCUCCAGCCAUCUUAUAUUAUAUGAUUUAUGAAAGCUCUUUGACGUAACUUUUUGUUAAUUUACUUGAUCACAUAGGCAUUUUAGUUUUUCAGGCUCUUAGACCCCAUACCUGCAUAUCUGUUUUCAUUUGAAAUGGUCCACUUAAAACACAUAAGGUUUACAUCGCAUGUGUCUGCCUACUCUUUUCCAUGUUUGCAUCGCUUAAAUAAAGUGAGUCACGUCAUCAUUUUUUGGCCGUCCAAAUGGAUCUGAAAGGGUAGUUUUUGAGAGCAGUUUCCAAACAGAUAUAGGGGUCUUAGCCAACAUUCUGCAAACCCUUUUCAACAAAAAUUAACUCCUUCACCACCAGCUUAUGGCAGUAAAUUCUUAAAUUGUUUAGAUAACACCCAUCAAAGUACUGAUAGAUGAGUACUGAUUCAAUUUACAGAAGAUGAGAUCAUUUUUUAUUGGAAUUCCUCACUGAAGAUCUGCAGAACAUUAAAACUGGCAGUAAAUGGUGAUGUUUUGCAAUCAUAGCCAUAUAAUUUCAGUAAGGCAAGCAAUGUUCAUGACUGCGCUACCACACUGUUCUAUAAAGAGCCGCUAGUUACUACUUAUUUAAGUCUCAUAGUUUUUCGGACAAGUGCAUACAGUAAGCUGAUGUGGAAUUUUGACUAUAUUUUCGUAUGACAAAUGUUUAGCUUUAUGUGUUUAACCUUAACAAAUUCUCCUAAAGUUGUUGUUUUCAACUAUUCCGUCUGUCACUUACCUCUGCCUUAUUCUGCAGUCUUAAUUCUAAUGUAGGGGCUGAUUGAUUAGCUUAAGAAGUAGGUAGUCCAGGAAAACCACAAAUUCUCAAUUUUGCUCUGGUUUGAAGUAUUUCCUUCUAUUUAUGACUCCUUGUAGUUGUUCUUGGCUAAGCAGCACAGGUUUUGACAAGUUCAAUGCAAUGUACAAUGUUAGCAAAAGAUUACUCUGUUUAUCAUUUUGUAUUCUUAUCUUGCAGAAAUUAUGUAAUCGAUGAGUUAAUGAAGUUAAUUAAUGCAUUAUUUACUCAUUAGGUAUUAGCCAUAAAUGUGUGUUAUAAGAAUUUUUAUCAUAUUUAUUUGACAAAAACUGCACAAGACAGGGGAAAGUCUUAUGAGCUGUGUUUCUUUCAGUAAUGUUUGCAAAAUGGCUUCAAAGCAGUGUAUCAGGCUAACACAUUGACAGGCACACAGGCCAAGAAGGUUUGGCCAUGUGAUGCUUAUCCUGAUUAUACAAUUUUAGUGAUUAUAUUUAGAAUAUUGUAAGAUAUCUGUAUGGCUUUGUCUUACAUGUAAAUAUAUAUGUAUAUAUUGGUAUCACAUAGAAAUAUGAUUAAUGUUAUAAGGAAAAUUUUGAAUUAAAAAGACUUUUAUUUAGUUUGAAAAUAAUUAUAGACUAAUAUGCGUUUAGUUAUAGUUUUAGUCAAAGUAUCCUGGCUUUGUUUCCAUACUUUUAUCUAUGUAAUAGUUGGACUACCAUUAACCCGGCUAUCUGGUAAUGUGACAUGAUACCUUGGACACGUUGCUUUUUUGACUGUAUAAAGAUUUGUACAUUUUACUGAACUAUUUCUUAAAGCAAUGUAAAGGUUUACUGCAUUCUAUUUUAAGUUAGAUCAACAAGGGUUAACCCGAUGCUAUAUACCUACAUAUAGUUACUAUGUAACUAAAAGUGUAACUCGUAACUACGUGUGUUGUAUGUAAUUUUGAUCGGUUCCUGGGAUUUAAUCUAACUGUUGAUUAUGUAAGACAUCAGUAGGAGUAGAGUGGUUUUCAAAAUCCCGUGAAAUUCUAGUUUAUUUAGUACUAAUACACUGUAAUGUGUUAUCUUUUGUUCUAGCUUGACUAUUACACUGUAACAAUCACAUUUUGUUUCACGGGAUUUUGAAAACUACUCGAAUGACUCGUGCACAUAUAGUGUAUAAGAAGGAUAACAUAUUAAAGAUUUCUUGUUUCGUGA